CCAGUCGGAGGCGGGAUGGCAACCUCAGCGCGCGCGGACGUGCUGGCGAGGCGGGCGCUGUUCUCCGCGCUGAUACUCGCGGCGGUCGUGGCUGCAGCGGCGGGGGAAGACCCAUAUGCGGAUUGUGCUCAAGUAUACAAAUGUGCGAGCCUCAUUGUCACGCAGUAUAUGAAUAAAUUGGCAAAGGACUGCAACGGUGAUGGCCGAGUGAACUGCGACGACUUCGCAAUGUCACACCACAACGGAGGCUACAGCUGCCAUCUGCCCCUCAACCGCACCGCCGCAGGCCAAAAGUACUUGGAGCGCUAUUUGAAGUGCAGGGGCAAGGAUGAAGAUGACGAUCCUCUGGGACUAGCAGUGGCCGCCUCCUAAGAUGGUUUCCUGUGGUGCAUUUUGUGGAUCUUGUGAGGAAGAUGCGGCUAGAAGUUCUCAGAGAAAUCAACAGAUGUAAGAGUGCGAAUUUUAAAUUAAACAAGGUGCCCGUGCUGUUCAUUCAUAUUAAUUUAUUGCUAGAGUAACUAUUAUUACCAACUGUAUGUAUGAGAACACUGAAGAAAAGAAGGUUUUAGAAAAUGUGUUAUUGAACAUUAUCUGUAUUAUUAACUAGACCAUAAUUAACAUGUCAUUUCUGAUGGAUCGUUGAACAAAUCUAAUAAACAUUAGCUUGAGGAUAAGCAUGCUUGUUUGUUUGUUUCUAGCACCAUUAUAUUUUUCACAAAUACAAAAAUUAGGAUACCGAU